CUCCCUCCACACCCGUGAUGCGGGGCGUCUUUGCCAUUGUCGGGCUCCUGCUGCCAAGCAUGGGGCGGACAAGAGUGGACCCAGAGCAGGCCCAGAAGGCUGUUGAUGCGGUACGCAGCGGUCAAAUGUCAGUCAGGGGUGCUGCCGAGGCCUACGGGUUAAGCAGGAACUCGCUGCACAGCCGUUUGACCAACAAGGUGGCCAUAGAUGCGAAGGUUGCUCCCGGGACCGUCCUGAGCAAGGAGGAGGAAGAAUUCGUAGAAGAUGUCUUGGUCUACGCUUCCCGACGCUUGUUGCUGUUGGGUCGGAGGGAGCUGAAAGACGCUGUGCGGAAGAUCUGCCUCGACGGGCGCAAGGUGCGCUGGGACCCAGACAAGGGUCCGGGGGAUCGCUGGCUUCAGUGGUUCCUGAAGAGGCACCCGGAGUUGCCGGAGCGAGCCACCCACAUCUACGAAGCAAACCGAAUCAACGAAGACGACGAGUCUCGCCUUGAAGCCUUCUACGAGACCUGGGACGCGUACCUCUCGGAGACCAAGCUUACGUCGGACCGCAUCAUGAACACGGAUGAGACAAGUUAG